AUGGAGAUGGUGAAGAGUCUUGGGAUUGAAAACAUGGAGUCAAACACAUCCUUACUGAUGUUUGGGGACUCCUCUUCUACAACUCUAAUUGGUCUCAUCAAGGAUUUUCCUUUGAAGAUUGGAGCUUGCACCAUUCCUAUUGACCUCACUGUUUUGAAGAUGGCAACUGAGAAGAGAGUCCCAUUGAUCCUUGGCACACCAUUUCUCACAACAGUAGGAGCUUGCAUUGACUUUACCAACAAGAAGGUGACACUCCUCAAUGUGAACAAAGUUGUCUCCUACCCAAUCAAGUCUCUAAUGAUGAAUGUUGAGUAUUGUGAAACCAUUACUUAUGGAGAACCUUCCAUUGAGAAGAUCAAGGAUGAAGUGAUUUUAGUGAGAAAGAAGGUUUUGAUGGAGAGUCCUCUAAAGAGAUGUGUGAUGAGCACUUGGAAAGUGCUACAAAUGAGGGGGUGA